AUGGCCGAAGAGGAGGAAGCAAGUUGGGACCAGACCCUUGAUGAGUGGCUCAUUAGCGAGGGCUACUGCUAUGCCGCCGGUAUGGCCCAGCUCGAAGAUGGCAAUUUCUAUGCCGCCGCGCCUGUUGCAGAUGAGGCCGGCUGGGGCUUCAUCUUCAAGGAGGAUCAUGAGCAGAUGAUCAUGCAGGAUGACAUGACUGAGAAGAAGAUGACCAUCAACGAGGGAACCGCUCUGAAGUUCCUCGCAGACAACCACAAGGCACCCCCGACCGGCCUCUGGUUUGGUGGAGAGAAGUAUGCAGUUACCCGCGUGGACAAGAACUUCGAGUCAGGAGACUGCUCGUUUGUGUUCAUCUUUGCCGCCAAGCCAAAGAAGGCAGUGCGUAGUUCGCCAGACGGAAAUUUGUAUUUGACACAGGUGGACGUCGGGUGGGUAGUAAUUGCCUUCAUGUCGGCCAAUGUGCAACAGGUUGUGUCGAACACGCCUGAGGAGUUUCUGAGGCAGCACAGUGUCACGUCCAAGCGGUGGAACUGA